UUCUUUUUCUGUUAUUGUUUUAUUUAAGUUCUAAAGCCGCAGCGAGACGGUAUGGUUUGUUAAAUUCAUUUUACUCUUGAACAGUUUGAAUAGGAAUUAGUUGCGAUCGUAUUGUGAACGCGGGUAGUUAUAUAGUCUUUUUUUUUGAAUUUAACGCUUUCUGGUGUAAAAGGGUGACUAAUUUACAUGGAGUAAAAAAAAUAAAUAAAUAAAUAAAAGUGUACAAAUUUUUACUUAACUGCAGCGAAAAAGAAAACAAAGUUUUAUAAAAAUAUUUCAUUAAAAACAUAUUUUCCAUUGGAAAAUUUUUGUUGUUUCUUCGGUUUCGUAUUCUUAUGUGGCUGUGAAUUUGAAUUGAUUGAAGAAAAAUAUCAAAAUGGUAGAAAACGAUAAUAAGAAUCUUUUAAACGAUAACAGGCAUGGAAAUGCAAAAAUACAAAUCGUACCCGUUCAAACCAAAACCCUUCAGCAUUUACCGAAACGCCCGGCUGUCGAUCUCGCUUUUCAUGAUUUGACUUACCGUGUCAGGGAAGGCGGUCGCAACAAUGCCAAGACUAUACUCAAAGGCGUCAGUGGGCGCCUACGAUCAGGUGAGCUUACUGCCAUCAUGGGACCAUCAGGUGCGGGUAAAAGCACUUUACUUAAUAUACUGUCUGGUUACAAAACUACGAAUAUCGAGGGAGUUGUGACAAUGAAUGGUCAUGAGCGUAAUUUGAGCGCAUUUCGCAAAUUAUCCGCUUAUAUAAUGCAAGACAAUCAACUGCAUAGUAACUUAACCGUCCAAGAAGCCAUGACAGUGGCCACAAACUUAAAAUUAAGCAGAAAAUUCACUAAAGCACAAAAAAAUUCAAUGAUCGAUGAUAUCCUCCUUACUUUGAGUUUAAGCGAACAUCGAAAUACUUUAACGCGCAAUCUAUCCGGUGGUCAAAAGAAACGGCUCUCUAUUGCGUUAGAGUUGGUUAGCAAUCCCCCGAUUAUGUUUUUCGAUGAACCAACUUCGGGUUUGGACAGUUCAACUUGCUUUCAAUGUAUUAGUUUAUUAAAAAUGUUAGCUGAGGGUGGACGAACUAUUAUUUGCACUAUUCACCAGCCGUCAGCACGUCUUUUUGAAAAAUUCGAUCAACUUUACACUUUGGCCGAUGGUCAAUGCGUAUAUCAAGGCAGUACGCAACAGUUGGUACCAUUCUUAUCGACUUUGAAUUUAGAAUGCCCAAGCUAUCAUAAUCCGGCCAGUUAUAUUAUUGAAGUCGCUUGCGGUGAACAUGGCGAUCACAUCGAGCGUCUAGUACAAGCCAUAGAUAAUGGCAAAAAAGAUAUACGAACAGCAGCUGAUUAUGCUGGCAUAAAAGUACGCAACGAUAUAUUGCAAGUACAAAAUCUGAAGGCAAUUUUAGACAAGAAUGACGCAGCCAAUACUAUUUCGGGAAGAUAUGAUGAGAAUCUAACGUUUAAUAAUAGCAUUUUAAAAGGAAAUUUGGUUAAUGAUAUAGCGAAAGAGCCACCCGAACCGGUAAUUAGUACGAAUGAGAAAGGUGAUGCUAUGAUCGAAUUGGAGAAAAAUGAUAAUUGCAGUACAGCUUUACUAACCGCUGACAUAACCUCGCCCGAACGUUAUCCGACAUCGCAACUCCAUCAAUUUUUUGUCGUCUUAAAACGCACCUUAUUAUUCAAUUUUCGCGAUUGGACACUUAUGUAUUUACGUUUCUUUGCGCAUAUGUUGGUUGGUUUCUUGAUUGGUACUCUUUACUAUGACAUCGGUAAUGACGGCAGCAAAGUUCUAAGUAAUUUGGGCUUUUUAUUCUUUAACAUGCUGUUCUUGAUGUACACUUCAAUGACUGUAACGAUAUUAGCAUUUCCUCUUGAAUUGCCGAUUUUGCUAAAAGAGAACUUCAAUCGUUGGUACUCUUUGAAAUCAUAUUAUCUGGCCAUGUCUAUAGCCGACCUACCAUUUCAGACAAUUUUCUGUAUACUCUAUGUUUCGAUAGUCUAUUACACUACUUCUCAACCGCUGGAAUGGACGCGUUUUGCAAUGUUCUUAAGCACUUGUCUUUUAAUCGCGUUUGUAGCGCAAUCCGUUGGAUUGUUAGUAGGUGCUGCUAUGAAUGUACAAAACGGAGUAUUUUUGGCACCUGUAAUGUCGGUGCCUUUCUUAUUAUUCUCUGGCUUUUUCGUAUCAUUUGAUGCUAUACCCAAAUACCUUAGAUGGAUUACUUAUGUGUCGUAUAUACGUUACGGUUUCGAAGGCACCGCAUUGGCAACGUACGGUUAUAAUCGCGAGAAACUCAAAUGCUAUCAAACUUAUUGCCAUUUUAAAUCACCCACUACGACACUAGAGGAACUGGAUAUGCUUAACUCGGACUUUACCAUCGAUAUUGUAGCCUUAGUGGUUAUAUUUUUCAUCUUAAGAUGUGUAGCGUAUCUUUUCCUUAAAUGGAAAUUAAAAUCUGCUCGCUAAAUGUACUGCACAAGCCAGUACACAUUUAAGGAGCUUAGGGAGUUUAAGAAGUGUAACAUUCGCCUUGCCGUCAUUUUUUUUUUUUUUUAAUAUUAGAAAUAAAAUAGAUGUAUAACGUAUAAUUUAUUGGGGUUAUAGCAAAAAUAUGUAUAAAUUAACUGUAAAUUUAAACUGUGUGGUUUCAGUUUUUUUUUAUUUGAAUGUAAA